UUAAGUGAGAGCCUUCUUGCACAAAUAAUCGUUUUCAAUAAGAAACGGGAAGGAGAGGCAUCACGUUUAACCCUUGAGACCUAUCUUAACACAAACACUGGCCAAAUGAACAAAGACAUAUAUGAGACCUUAUCUCCCGUGGAAAAACAAUUGAGCCAGAGACUGACACAUUUGGUGACACGUGGGAAGAGAGGGAGAAAGGUUCCCAUCCUACUUCUGGAGCGCACCAAAGCUUCUCUUGACUUCCUCAUUAAAAAACGGAGGGAAGUUGGCAUACUUGAGGAGAACCCGUUUCUGUUUGCAAGGCUUGGCACAACUACCAAUCUUCGUGGGUGUGACUGCCUCAGAAGAUUUGCAGAAGAGAGCAAGGCCAAAAACCCAGAACUGCUGAGAUCAACAAAAUUAAGGAAGCAAGUUGCUACCCUAUGUCAGCUUCUCAACCUCGACAGCCAGGAACUCGAGCAAGUUGCUCGAUUCAUGGGACAUGAUAUCAGGGUCCACUGCGACUAUUAUCGUCAGACAGAUAAAACAUUCCAAGUGGCCAAGAUUGGCAAACUUCUGUUUGCGAUGGAACAUGGAGCAGAGUCCCUGAAAGGGAGGACUCUACAAACACUGGACUCUGUUAUCAGUGACAAAGGACAUGCAGCCACCCCAAUCAAAGGUCUGAACAGUGUCAAUGAGAGAAGGACGUCGGAUGCAGGAAGACAACAGGAAGCUCAUGAUGAUGGAGAGGUGCCACAUUCAGCUGCAGCAAGGUCACCUGUAAAGAGACUAUGGCAGACUGCAAGAAGAAGACAUGAUGAAGAUGGUUGUGGUGCUGAUGAGGAUGAUGGGAUUAAUAACACCAUUCAAGGAUUUGAAAAUGCAGAUGAAAUGGUGUACCAGGAGAGAUGUGGAACACCACCUGUUGAGCAAAAUGAGCGAUCUACCGAGAAACGUGAUGAUGAUGGUUGGGAUGAAAAGGAUAGAAAAGGGCGUGUUAAGAGACAAAAGGAAAAUGUAAACAAACGAAAGCGUCAAGUUGAUGAUGACUGGGAUGGAGAGGAGAGACAGACUGCUGACACCAGAUCCCCUUUGAAGGGCCGAAAGAAGACUGCAGCUACAAGAGAACGUAAUAAUCUUGAUGUUCCAGAAAUGGAAGUCAAGAAACAAGGUAAGAGACCCUGGACUGACAAGGAGAGGACUGCAGUAAAACGACAACUUGCCAAGUUCAUCGCACUGAAGAAGGUUCCAGCAAAGGAAGACUGCAUGAUGUGUAUUUGCAAAGAGUCUCCAGUCCUGAGAACACGGUCGUGGAAAGACGUGAAAUAUUUUGUCUACAAUGAAAUUGUUAAAAUCAAGAAAAAGCUUGCAUUUUGCAGGAAACACCUGGCUGUUCUAUAUUGUUCAAAUCAAAAGCUGCAUUUUGAAUAGUUGCAAUAUGUUUAUAUCUUCUGCACUUUGCACAACAGUCUUGUUACUGGCGUUUUUGGUUGCCAAGACUAAGUUAUAAAUCUAAUGUCCACCAGUUGUUAUUGUUAUUUAUGGAUUGAGUCUGCCAUGUUUGUGUUUAACACUGUGGAACAGGAAUAGCUUUCAGAAAAAGAAGCAUGCACUUCUGAAGUUCACUUGAUUAAUUACUAAAUGUAUGCGCAACCACAAAAGGUCACAAUCAUAUUACAUCUUAAUCAAAUGUGAUCAACAAAUUUCCAGUUUUAACUGGCAGCUCAGCUAUCAGUUAGGACUACUAUUCUAAUUCUUUUUUACAUAGAAAAAAGCCACAGAAUUGAUAUGACUUAAAAAGAAGUUGUUUUGAAAAUUGAUAAUAGGCUUAACUGAUACCAUAAUGUCUUAAGAAAA